AAGGGGAGAUGUCCGGGUGCUCCUCUUGUCUUCCCCAUUGAAGAAGAGAAGAGAGCUCUUGUCUGUCUGACUUGUAGAAAGCAGCAAAGCUUCCCCCACCCCGAGGGAAGCGGAAGAAGAGGGAUGGCGGUUCCGGGGAGGCGCAACGGGCUCAUGGAGGACGACGAGAACGAGGACGACCAGAACGACGCCCUCUUCGAACAGGAAGGUCUGCUCGAGCCCGACUCCUACACUCCUCCUCACCUCCGCGACCUCUCCAUCGCCGUCCAGGACGGCGACGUCGACGCCCUCCGCCUCGCUCUCGACAACUUAAAUGGCAGUAUCGACGAGCCAGUGGAAGAUGGUGAUACAGCUUUGCAUCUGGCUUGCCUAUAUGGACAUCUACCUUGUGUGCAGUUACUUUUGGAAAGAGGCGCUUGCUUGGAAGCUAAGGAUGAAGAUGGGGCAAUUCCUCUUCAUGAUGCUUGUGCUGGGGGAUAUGUCGACAUAGUUCAGUUUUUACUUAACAGAGCAAGGAAUAGAGAAUGUGUGAAAAGGAUGUUGGAGACAAACGAUGACGAAGGAGAUACACCUCUUCAUCAUGCUGCUAGAGGUGAACAUGUGGACAUUAUAAGAAUAUUGCUUGCUACUGGAGCUGAUCCCACAAAGACAAACAUGUAUGGGAAGACCCCUGGUGAGCUACCUGAUCCGGACACCGAAGCUAAACGAAUUUUGGAAGCUGCUGGUGUCACUACGAGUUGUCAGUAGUUUCUUGUGAUUCUUCAUCAAUUUUUGAUUUAUUAUGGCUGUGGUGAUUAAGGUUGUCAGGAUUCUUCCUUAGGCUUAGCUGAUUUUGUUAUUGGGUCAAUGAGAGUAAUGGCUCAUGCCUGGAGGUCCUUUCUUCUGUAUAUGUAUCUCAGUAAGUGAGGCUUAGGUUUUUCUGCCAUUUUCUGGCUAGAGCAUGCAUGCUUCGUGCUAUUCACUCAUAUAAUCUCAUUUACCUUCCUUGGUGUUCAUGUGGGGUUCAGACCUUCUGCUUGAUUCAGGUUUGUUGUGGUGGUGUGUAAUUUCCAUACCCUAGGAUAGCCAGUUUUCUAAUAGAAAAGAUGAUCUAUCAUAACUGUAAUUUGCAAUCUUCCGUGGCUCAGGGUUGUGCCGAUUUUGUUAUUUAACAAUCCCUUCAGAUUGUUGAAUGAAAUCCGCUUCCGAUGAGAAUUUCCUUUUC